AUGAAGCUGGUCGAUGGACAGACUCUUAUUGAGCGUCCCAGCCUUGACGAUGUUAAGAUUGCUACCACUCGGCAUAUUGUGAUUCAUGUGCAGUCGCAUGAUGGACCUGUGCUGAAGCUCUACCUUUGGGACCAGGCUGCAACAGACUUUUGCAGGAAAUUCAACUCCUGUGAAAACAUUCCGACAGUGCUUUUGGUCACAACUGUUAACACUAAACGUCUCGGAGGAACCCUUGCCCUAUCCUCUAUGUCCCCCACACGGGUCUUCAUGGACUAUGAUGUCCAACCAACCAGGGAUUAUUUCACCUGGCUGGGCUCUAACCCAGAGAUUGCUAACCAAGUUUGCGCAGACGUCAUCACGAAGCGUGAGACACUGUCUAUAGCAGAAAUAUUCUCCUAUAUGACUCAGGAAUCUGCAAAGGGUGCCUUUUUUGAGUGCACGGCUACUAUUGAUGAUGUUGUUCAUGGCUCUCCUUGGUACUACAUUGCAUGCAGUGGGUGCCAUUCUAAGGCUACCAACGGCCCAAGUUCGUUGAUUCGUACAAACACAAAAUGUCAGAAGGUUAACACAACUGGCGUUCCAGAGUAUCGGGCUAAGAUUUCUGUUUAUGACAACAGUGAACAAGCUUUCUUUGUCUUACUUGGAGAUGCUGGUCGGGAGUUGACUGGGAGGCAUGCUAAUAAAAGCGAAGGAGCUGAUCAUGAGGUGCCUGUCCCGGAAGCUCUAAUCAGCACCAUCGGACAGACACAUAAGUUCUGUGUGAAAGUUACUGACCACAAUUUCUCAGGCAAUACUCGAGCGAUAACUGUCACCAAGAUCCUCUCUCUAGACACACCAUCACCCACGGAAGUUUCAGUUGGAAAUGACAUUGCUGCAAUGUCCGAGGGAGCAACGCAGUCUGGAGACGCCGUCUGUGAACCUCAUAAAGGCGGUGGAGACACUGCAGAUGAGGAGAGUAAGCGGGCGUGUAGCAGUGCUGAUCCAGAGACAGCUAAACGCCCAAGAUGUGAGAAUUAG